CAACUUGGUGGAAGACUUUCUAUCUCCUUCUUUGGUUCUCAGCGAGUCUGGAAUUACUGAUGAGAGUGCUGAUGUCCUGCUAUUGAUGUCAGUUUCCCAUCCAGUUAUAUAUUUUCCUCACUUGUUUCAUCUUCUCUAGCUCGCUGAAUCAUUCUCACAUAAAUGCGCAAGCAACGCCCUUAGCUUGUGUGUUCCUCGCAUCUUAAUACUCCUUGUAGAUGGACUCGUCGACUCAGAUUAGCGAUUCGUCUCUCAACGUCGACCUGAGCAUCGGCCUUCGCGGGCUCCCCGAUCAUAAUCCUCUGAGUGAUCGCGUCUGGCAGAAAGAGUUGCAGACUCUUUCGAAGGAUCAUGAGCGAAGUGUUUCGACAAUUGAUCACGAGGUUGGUGCAGUCGAAGCCAAGCUGGAUCGAAUAAGCAAGGAGAAUAAAGUGCUUACCGAGAUGGUCAGCAUCAUGCAGGCUAACUACGCUGCUCUCUGCAGUCAGUUCUUAACUCUGGUAUCUCCUUCAAAGGAGCCAGAGGCAAUAUCUCCUUCGAGGAAGAGGAAGACUGGGCAGGAGAUUAUCAGUUUUAACCAACAUGUUUCAGAAAAACUUGAUCACGGAUUUGUCAACCAAAUUAGCAGCAAUUCAAGCAAAGAAUAUGACUCGUUCAAGAGAUUGAGAGAAGAUCCCAGGCUAAAGAUCUCCAAAGUGUAUGUGCAAACUGAUCCAUCAGACUUGAGCCUGGUGGUGAAAGAUGGGUAUCAAUGGAGAAAAUAUGGGCAGAAGGUAACAAGAGACAAUCCAUCUCCAAGAGCCUAUUACAGAUGCUCAUUUUCACCCACAUGUCCUGUGAAGAAAAAGGUGCAGAGAGAUGCAGCAGAUCUAUCUGUUUUGGUAGCAACCUAUGAAGGUGAGCAUAACCAUGGGCAGUUUUCACAAGGAAUUGUUGGCCCGAUGCAGAGUGGAUCACUGCCAUGCUUGGUUUCCAUCAAGGCCUCGUGCCCAACGAUCACACUCGACCUAACGCAGCAGGAAUCUUGGCCUGAUGUCGAGAAGUCCAGCCGACAGAUCGGCUCGACGUCGCCCGGGGUCCAGCGAGGCCUGGUGGAGCAAAUGGCCUCGUCGUUGACAAAAGAUCCCGAUUUCAAGACUGCACUCGCCGCAGCAAUUUCAGGGAGAAUGUUGCAGAACCCCCCUGCUUAAAAUGCACACGCUAGUAUUCAGUUCAGUUUUAGGGGGAAGGAAAUGGAUGUUUAUGUGAAUUAAAGAAUUAGUGUCGCAUAAAGGUCAAGAUAUUGUUUCUAGUUUAGUUGAAGGGAACGCUUUUGGGGGUUUAUAAUUUGUUCUGCGUA